GACCAAAUCGCCAUGGAACCCAAGCGGCCGCGGCCGCCGACUUCCCCAACGCCGGCGCAGCCCCCCUCGCACGACGUAUCUAAGGUCCUCGACGACGACAACCUCCUCUGCGAGAUCAUCGUCCGCCUCGCCUUCCCUACCGAUCUCGUCCGCGCCGCCCUCGUCAGCAAGCGGUGGCUCGGCCACGCCUCCGACCCGGCUUUCCUCCGCCGCUUCCGCAAACUCCACCCGCUCCGCCCCCUCGGCUUCUACGUCGCCACCGCGGGAGGCACGACCGCCCCGCGCUUCGUCCAGAUGCCGUCUCAGCAUCCGGAGCUCGCCGCCGUCUGCCGCCGCGGCAGAUUCGAGCUGGACUCCUUCAUCUGGGACUGCACGAACGGCAGCGUCAUCAUCAUCUCCGAGCAGGGCGGCAACGGAUUGACGAGUCGAGUGUACAGCCCGCUCUUCCCAUCAAGAAGCAUGCCCGUUGUCCCGGAGCUACCCCCGCUCGACCAUGUCACUCCUGCCAAUUACACAUUUGAGAAGCUCCUCUUCAGAGAAGGUGACCGCAGCGGCCUGCCCUACCUGUGGCUGUUGAUGCAGUCUAUCGAUCAUGGAUACACGGUGCACGUUUAUAUGCUGCAAGGCGGUGUCUGGAGCAAGCACACCUCAGCCACAACAGAGUUUCCCUAUCUGCCGUCAGAACCAAAACCUCUGCUUAUUGAUAACAAGAUCUAUAUGGCGGGCGCUUUGAGCCGUCAAAACAUUGUCCUCGCCGACAAUACAAGAUGUGUGGCGGCCAUCUUGCGCGGCAUCCUUGUGGUGGAUCUCAAGGACUCGAGUUUCUUCACAAUUCAGCUCCCAGAAGGGGUGGAAUUUCUUGAUAGAGAUGUCCAGUUAGCAAAGACAGAUGAUGAUUCUGGGGUUUAUCUCAUUCAAUUAAAGGAUCUGAAACUUCGCAUUUGGCUCCAUAGUAGCAGCACUAGCAAUUGGUCGCUGGUGGAUACCGUUUGUCUGCGUGAGAUGUUUGUUGCCUUGAGGACGGCGGACCACACUGUGGGGGACGAGCAUACUCUUGUCCGAAUGAAAGAGGCGGGGGACAAUGCUGAGUUUAUCGUUUUGGUGAUGGGUACAUCCAUACUCUACUUGGAUAUUAAGCGCAGGGAGUUGCUUAAAGUCUCUGACUUGACAGCACAUGAACAAUUCUUUGUUCACAUUUAUCCUUUUAUGAUGGUCUGGCCUCCCACAUUUCCUGCGCCCAAGGAUGCUGCUGCAAGAAGUGCCAGGGACAAAGGUGCCAUCAAGGAGGAGUGAGCUGCAUUUUAUCGAAGCUGAUAUAAAUACAUCUCUUAACUGGAGGUGCCAGAACCAACAUUUUAUUCUUUUGUUUUCGGUAUAAACCCCUUAAUUUCUACUCUCUCCAUUCCAUAUUAGUCAUCGUUAAUUUAGUACAAAGUUUUGUACUAAAUCAGUGCAACUAAUAUGGAAUGGAAGGGAGGUGGGGUACUACAUUAGGAAUUUAGGAUGCUAUUAUGCAACUGGAGGAUGUGUUCCAGCCUCAAGAAUCCUUGUGUUGGGUAUGGAUGAUGUACGUAGUUGUGAUUUAGAGUGCAGUUGCUGUGAUGCAUGUACAGUUCAUGCUUGGAACCGCAUGAAGUCUGUGUUAUUUAAUAAGGAAAAAAUAUUUCAUGUUUCA